AGAUUAAGAACUCAUCAUUGUAAAUAGUAGGAUCCUAUCCUUUUUUUUUUUUUUUUUUUUCUCCCAUCUGCACAUAUACCAACAAAAAAUUCCAAUAAUGAGCUCACAUAGUUCUUACAGCAUGAGAUCCAAAGGAACCAUUGAAAAUGAAAACAAGGGCACAUCUAAAGAAAUUGGGGGAGGCAAAUCAGGGAAAAUGGCGACUCCAAACAACAAAGAAAACAUGUUCAUAUGUUUCCUUGUAUCCCUUUGGUACUCAUCAAACAUUGGUGUCAUUCUCCUCAACAAAUACCUUCUAUCAAACUAUGGUUUCAAGUUCCCAAUCUUCCUCACAAUGUGUCACAUGUCAGCUUGUGCUGUUUUUAGCUACAUCUCCAUUGUUUUCUUCAAGGUUGUUCCUCAACAGAUGAUUAAAUCAAGGUCACAGUUCAUAAAGAUUGCAACUUUGAGCAUUGUUUUUUGUGGGUCUGUUGUUGGUGGUAACAUCUCUCUUAGGUAUUUGGCUGUUUCUUUCAACCAAGCGGUGGGUGCAACCACACCAUUUUUCACUGCUGUUUUUGCUUAUUUAGCUACCUUUAAAAGAGAGGCUUGGAUUACAUAUGCUGCUCUUGUUCCUGUUGUUGCUGGAGUUGUCAUUGCAAGUGGGGGUGAGCCAGGGUUUCACUUAUUUGGAUUUAUUAUGUGCCUAAGUGCAACUGCUGCAAGAGCUUUCAAGUCUGUCCUUCAGAGCAUUUUACUUUCUUCUGAAGGGGAGAAGUUGAAUUCAAUGAAUCUGCUUCUUUAUAUGUCUCCAAUUGCGGUCAUACUUUUGUUGCCUGCUGCGCUUAUCAUGGAGCCGAAUGUUUUAGAUGUCACAAUAUCACUUGGAAGGGAACAUAAGUUUAUGGGCGUGCUUCUUUUUCUUAACUCAGCCACAGCAUACGCAGCAAACUUAACAAACUUCUUGGUGACUAAACAUACAAGUGCUUUGACACUCCAGGUAUUAGGCAAUGCAAAAGGUGCUGUAGCUGUUGUUAUCUCAAUACUCUUAUUCAGAAACCCUGUCACUUUUAUUGGCAUGGCUGGAUACAGUGUUACUGUAAUGGGAGUUGCUGCAUAUGGAGAAACAAAAAGGAGGUUUAGAUGAACAAAUCUCUUACAUUCACCAAUUGUCAUACGCAUGUAUUUUAAUGUAGUUUAUUUACACCAUCAAGAUUAUUUGUAACUUGACUAGGAGUAGGGGUGACAAGAGGGAAGUGAUUUUAUAAAGUUGUUCUGUUGUAUCUACCAUAUAAAUAUAUUUAUUUAUCACUAGUACAUUAUGAUCUAAGUUACUGAGCCAAAAAAUUUAUGGGA